GCGUCGGGCUCCGGGCGGCCGGCUUUCGGCUGCAGUGCGGACACGGUGCUGCGGUGCCAGACGGAGCCGAGCAGAGUGGACAGGCCAGGAUCGAGGGCAGUGGGGGAUCACACGCCCAGAUGUGACCCUUCUCAGAGGGCAGGAUGGUGCUGGACUCGGGGACCCAGGCCUAUGAGCAGGCACCCCCUUCCCUCUCUGUCAGCCCUCCAACUGUUUCUGGGGUGGGGAAGAUCUCAAAGCAGAAUGGGCCACAACUGUACCCCUCUAUCCAGCCACCAAUAUCAGCCCCUAGCUCCCAGAAGCCCUCCCUAGUCAUCCCAGUACAUCCUAGAUCCUCUGUGUCCCAACCGGCAGGCCUGGCCUCUUCCCGCCCCAAGGUCCCAAGUCCCACGUCUGAAAUAAGACGACUCUCAUUGGCCUCACUGGGUCGUGGUCGGAUUCGGCGCAGUGAGAGUUCCUGCUCCGUCGGAGGGUCCAGCAGAAAGGGACGCCUCCGGCCCGCCUCCUCCCUGCCCCACAUUGCUAAAUGCAAGGUAGAGGAAAGCCGGGCAGCCAGCAAGAGCCCCUGCCUGCUGGUAGCCUUAAGACCCAACAACCUGGAGCAAGAGCGAGCCCGGUUCUUUCAAUCAAGGUACACCUACAACCCGCAGUUUGAGUAUGAGGAGCCAGUUCCAGCUGCCGUGUUGGAAAAGUACAACGAGGCCUCAGACAAGUUCAUCCCCCAGGCGGUGGGGAUCAUUGAAGCAGUCCUGGAGAAGUAUGGGACCUACGAGCAGUUUGAGGCGAUCACGGGAGGCCAGCUGCUGACGAAGUGCCAGAUCUGGUCCAUCGUCCGCAAAUACAUGCAGAAGGAAGGCUGCUCUGGAGAGGUGGUGGUGCAGCUGAGUGAGGACCUGCUGUCCCAAGCAGUGAUGAUGGUGGAGAACAGCCGGCCCACGCUGGCCAUCAACCUGACUGGGGCCCGCCAGUACUGGCUGGAGGGCAUGUUGCGGCAUGAGAUAGGCACCCAUUAUCUUCGAUUUGUCAAUAACACUCGGCAGCCCUGGAACACCUCUGAUGGCCGGCGGCAGUAUGGGCUCCGGCCUGCCAACCCCACUGAGGAGGGGCUGGCCAGCCUGCACAGCGUGCUUUUCCGCAAACAGCCGUUCCUGUGGCGGGCAGCCCUGCUGUACUACACCAUCCAGAGGGCGGCCCUGAUGUCCUUCCGCCAGCUAUUCCAGGACCUCGCCCAGUAUGUGCAGGACGCCUCGGUGCGCUGGGAGUACUGUGUGAGGGCCAAGCGGGGCCAGACAGACACGUCCAAGCCUGGCUGCUUCAGUAAGGACCAGGUGUACUUGGAUGGGAUCCUACGCAUCUUGCGGCAUCGGCAGAAUAUUGAUUUCCAUAUGCUGACUGCUUUGGGCAAGGUGUCCUAUGAGGAUGUGAAUCAGCUCCGGCCUCACGGGAAGCUGGAAAAGGCUCGGAUCCCUCACUUCAUGCAGGACUUGACGCGCUACCACCAGCAGCUGGAACACAUCAUCACCACCAACCGCUUGGAUGAUGCCCAGCUGGACAGCCUGUUGCCAGACUGAGAGGCUGAGGGUGGGGGUCAGGGGUUGGUGGGAUGGCUGGUCAGCUGGCUGGCCAGGGAUCAGGGAAGAGGAAGAGCCUGGGUCAGCUCUGUCAGCAGUGGGCAAUAGCCUUGCCAGUGUUUCCUUGCCCUGGAUAUUGGGGAACUGGGGGGAAGGGGCAGCAUAAUAUAUGCUAGAACCCCUUCUGGAAGGGAGCUCUGGAAUCUGUCUUCAAGCCUAGAACGGAAGGGGAAUUCCUUUUAGAAGGCCAGAAAAAUAGAUACUGAGGCCGCCCUGUCCUCGUAGAAUGAAGAGAUCCCAGCAGGGUGAAAAGGGAAGAUUGAUUUGGUUUGGCUUAGUGGGGAGGGGAGAGAGAGCUGGCUCUGUGAGCGCGUGUGCCUAUGGGGAAGGAGAAUGAGUGUGAUCGCGAGCGUAAGGAGCAGGGCAGGGAGGGGGGUGUCUCCUUGUGCAUGAGACAAAUACAGUAAGCUUCUGGGGCUCCCAGCUAACCCUCUCCCUGCAGCCCUGUGCUCCUCCCACCCUCUGCUGGAAGGGGCUGAUGCUUCCCCGCCCCCAGACAGUCAUUCUAGUCUCUUGGUGCUCUUAGACUCCUUGAUGUCUACCUCUCGCUGGGCUUCCGUGGAGGACGAAACAUCCAUGUACCCCUUCCCUAGCCAAGGCCCUAGCACUGCUGCUCACCUUCUGGGUGUACUGUCGCUCCUCCUUCCUCCACUCUGACAUCUGUCCUUUCACCCGCACUACUGUCACACUCCAGAUUCCUCUUCCAGUGCCCAGCAUUUCGACUCCCUUAUCCUCCUGCCCAUGUACUCAGUGAAACAAUUGAAAGGGGAUGAGAGGAAUGGAGUAGAUGGGGCUGGCAUGCGAGUCCAUGGACCCCAGCAGUUCAGUUCAAGCAUUUACUAAGUGUCGAUGGUGUGCAAAGUCCUAUGCUCAUCCCUGAGGGUAGAAAGAGGAGAAAUAUGGCUCCCUGUCCUCAAGAGAGCUUAAAGCCUAGUGGGGGAGGUAUGGCACACAGAUAUGUCUGAUAUAAGGGGCACAGGAUGGAUCCAGAAAAAGGGCUCUCGGACAUUGGGUGAAGGCAAAUGGUGGGAAUGACUUCUGUCACUCCCACCUAUUGGAGGUCAUAAACUGGGCAGGGAGAGGUGCACUUGGUCGAUUGUGUGUGUACUGGGGGGGAUGACGCUCUGUAAUCUUUGUUCCUUUUCCCUCCCCCCUUUUCCUGCUGCUGCCUCAGGCUUACGUGGGAGUUGCUAAGUUCCAUUCCCUAAGACAGGGGUGAAGUUUGGAUUCAGUCAGAGGGCUGCACUUGAGGACCUAGAGGGCCACGUGUGGCCUUGAGGCUGCAGGUUCCCCACCCCUGCCCAAGGAGAGCUGUGUUGUUCCCCUUCCCCUAACACAUACCCCACUUUAGGGAAAGUUUGUCAAUCCAGAUGGAAUAUCUUUUAAGAGUAGGGCACUGUCCUGAGUGCUGUGGAGAGGUUGAGCUCUGUAUUUGAGCCCUGGUCCGAUGAGAAGGUGUCUCCUGCCCUCAGGGAGCUCCCUACCUCCAGAGGCCCCCAGCCUUGUCUUCUCUCCGUUCCUGAGUUUCUGCUUAGACCUGGAUUUUAGCAGUGCAUUUUACCAGGUCUCUGGUGGUACAGUUGUGAACUCCAUGAAAUUUAUGGGUGGAUAACAGUACAAUUAGGUGAUGUUUGAACCCUUUGGAUACUGAAUUCAAGAGGGAUUAAUGGAUCACUGCCAGCUUGAAGGGGCAUGUCCAUGGGCCACAGUAGGUCUUAGUCUUUGGCCCUAUUUUGGUGUUUUUUAAUCAGUGAUGUGAAUGAAGGCACUAAAUUUCUGGGUAAUGUAGAGUAAGGAGAGAGAACUAAUAUACAUGGGUAAUAGAAUCAGGAUAUAAAGAGGCCCAGACAGUCUGUAACUAAUGAUGGAAUUUAAUAUGGAUUCAUUUGUGUAAAACCCUCUGCUGAAUGCUGGGUUUACUAAUGUUAUUGAGGCAUUUACAGUCUAAUUAAUGGUGGCAGGGGAUGAAUAGAAAGCCUUUUCACUUGGUGGGUUAUUUAUUUAUUUUGUGUGUGUGUGUCAUCUACCUCACGGGGUGGUUGUGUGGACGCACCAUGUCUUCAUUUGUUAUGACGAUGGCAGAAGUUAACUAGUUAACAAAUGCGUGGAGGAGAAUGCUUGAGGCACCAGUGCUGGGAUCUGGGGGGAAAUCAAUGCCCUAUCAAGCCCCUGCCCUAUUACUGACCACCUCUGAUGCUGGGCAAGUCUCUUCUGAGGCUCAGUUUCCUCUUCUGUAAACUGGAGGGCCUUGAGUUUUAGAAUGUGUUCAGGCUUUCCGAAGCCUGGGCCUGAUUGUGACUUUGGAGGAUGGAGGUGAUCAGCCACCUUUCAGAAUGUUUUGAGGCACGUGCCUAUGUGAUCUGCCAAUAGUAUUAACUCAAACGAAUGCAGUAUUUACAGUGCUUUCCUCAACCAUCCUGUAACAUUUUAGAGAUGAACAGGAAUGGAAACUAUCAGUUUUGUUUUACAGAUUAGUAUUCAGGCUCAGAUGGGUAAAGUGAUGUCCAAGGUCACUGUGUCAGAAGCAGGACUAGAAUCCUUCCACCCUCUGCAGACGCGUGGCCAUCGGCACAGCAAACAGUGCAUGUUGCCUUUUUGUUCACGGCUUAUUUUCCAAUUCAGAGGUUGGUAUUUUGUGUUGAUCUGAUUUCCUCUGGACGCAAAUGUUGGAAAAUGGGCAGGAGGCCAGUUAGAUGGUGUAUUUUGCCUUGGACCCUCCAAGACCCUAUGCCAUCUUCAGCCUGCCCUGGCCUGGUCAGUAAUUUCAGCAGGGCCUCUCCUGGUUGUGCACUUCGUAAGUUCAGUGCUGCUAGUAGCUGAGUUAUUGCUGGGGACUCUUGGCCCUAUGGAAGGAAACAGGCCUUGAGCCCCUGAUUCUGUUGCCCUCCAUUCUGUACAUCCCCAGGAAAUGUUUUGGUUUUACCAUUUCUACCCCCACCCCCUAUCCCAAGAACCUAAAACAAUGAUCAGACUAUCCAGAAGCUUAGAUCACUACUGGUAUCUUAACACCAUAGGGAAGAGGCCCUGACCUGUGGCCGUGGUAGGGGUCAGACUUGUUCAGGAAUUACUUGGCUCAAGGGUUGAAGUUGGGAGACCUCUAUUGUAAUCCCUCAGAGAAUGUCCAAGGAAUUCUCAGCUUCCUUUUGCUCCCAGAAGGGGGUUGGACUAGAUCCCUAAGGUCCCUUCUACCUCGAAAUCCAAUGAUUCUCCAUUAGCAAGGAGGGUGGGGAGUGUGGAUCAAAGUCAAGAGGGUGGUUUCCCUGGAGGCUAGUCUUGAUGUGCCCCGUGGAUGCCCUCUUUACUCUAUGCCCAGACAGCUGCCCUAGCAAAGCUUUUGUCUGGAUACUCCUAUUGUUUACUACUAGCCUAGCUGAGGAGUGAAGGCUCAGGUGCUGUCAUGAGAUUCACUUUAACUGAACAUAUAUUUAGCGCCUCCUGCAUGGGUCAGAGUUGGAAGGGUUUCCCCAACUCCUUGUAUGUUGAUGCCUGGAACUGGAAAUGAGUUUUCUCUUCACUCCUUUAUUCCUCCCCCCAGAAAAGAGGGGCAAGAGGAACUUUGGAAUAAAAUUAUUUUUGAUCUUA